CUUGAAGUAAUUUUUAAUAUCUCGUUUUCCUGGGUGCUGGCUUUGACAAUAAAAUUAGAGUUGGUAAUUUGAUAUUUUAUAUAUGUUGUGAGCAGUUCCAGGGGUUUUCAUAAGCAGCUAAACCCUAACAACUUUUUCAAUUCACCCGCAAAGGUUGGUUUGUUUGUUUAUGUGGGCUCUUCUCAGUUUAUCCUAUGAUGUACAUGCUUAGAACCCCAAGAUUGAAUCUUGAUUGCAGAUGAGUUUUUGUGCUGUGUCUGUAGGGAAAUCUUGUAAGAGAAUUUUGAAUAGGGGUUUGGUUAUAGGUGAGUUUAUAAGGUGUUUUUCAUCUUUGGCUGCUCAAAUUUUACAAGUUUCGGAUGAAGAUGAAAAUCGUCAGCUGAGUUAUGUUCAGGUAAACUCUGCUGUGAAAAGGUAUGCUUCCCGGGGUCAAUUUGUUAAUUCUAUGGAGAGUUUGAAUCUGUUUCGGGUGUUUCCGUGGAGGCCAACAGUGCAUGAGUAUAAUCACUUGAUUCGUUCCUAUUUAGCAUCGCGGAACGUGGCUUCAGGAAUCUUGAUAGAGCUGCAUAAUGUGAUGAAAGUGUCUGGCAUAUACCCCAAUGUCUUGACAUAUAAGCUUCUGUUAGACGGGAUGGUCUCUUUUGGGAGUACCAAAGAUUGUGUUUUUAUGGUGGAGGAAAUAUGUAAAAGUGGGUACUGUCCCCCUUUUUAUUCUUUGUCGGGAUUACUGGACAAAUCUUUGGAGUUUGGCAGCCUACUGGACUCACUUUGUGUGCUAGAUUUGAUGUUAAGAUUUAACUAUUACCCAAUGCCAUUUGCUGCAAAAAGGUUUAUAGCAAGCCUUUGCCGAGGUGGAAUGUUUCGUGAGGCACAUAUCAUAUUCUCUCUUCUUUUGGAGAAGAAUCGGAAAUAUUUUCAACGUGCGUGUAAGUAUAGUCACAACCAAAUUCUAUGGGCAUUGUGCAAACGUGGUCAGCUUAGUAAUGCAUUGGCAUUUUUUUGUUCUUUGGAGAAGAAAGGUGUUGUGCAAGAUGAAUCAUCAUAUACAGCUCUAAUAUAUGGGUUCUGUGGGGCAAGGUUGUGGAAGGACGCUUCUCGUUGUUUAAUUUUAAUGGAAAGUGUCGGUUUUAAAGCUAACACAAAAACAUACACCAUCGUCAUUAAACUUCUUUGUGAUGUUGGAAGGAUUAAUGAGGCACUAGGCUUACUAAAUAAAAUGAAUGAGAAAGGAUCUGUUCCAGAUUUGGUUACCUUCAACAUAAUUCUCCCUGAGCUUCUGUUAAUCGGGAUGGUCUCUUUUGGGAGUACCAAAGAUUUUUUUUUUAUGGUGGAGGAAAUGUGUAGAAGUGGGUACUGUCCCCCUUUUUAUUCUUUGUCGGGAUUACUGAACAAAUCUUUGGAGUUUGGCAGCCUACUGGACUCACUUUGUGUGCUAGAUUUGAUGUUGAGAUUUAACUAUUACCCAAUGCCAUUUGCUGCAAAAAGGUUUAUAGCAAGCCUUUGCCGAGGUGGAAUGUUUCGUGAGGCACAUAUCAUAUUCUCUCUUCUUUUGGAGAAGAAUCGGAAAUAUUUUCAACGUGUGUGUCAGUAUAGUCACAACCAAAUUCUAUGGACAUUGUGCAAACGUGGUCAGCUUAGUAAUGCAUUGGCAUUUUUUUGUUCUUUGGAGAAGAAAGGUGUUGUGCAAAAUGAAUCAUCAUAUACAGCUCUAAUAUAUGGGUUCUGUGGGGCAAGGUUGUGGGAGGACGCCUCUCGUUGUUUAAUUUUAAUGGAAAGUGUCGGUUGUAAAGCUAACAAAAUAACAUACACCAUCAUCAUUAAAUUUCUUUGUGAUGUUGGAAGGAUUAAUGAGGCACUAGGCUUACUAAAUAAAAUGAAUGAGAAAGGAUCUGUUCCAGAUUUGGUUACCUUCAACAUAAUUCUCCGUGAGCUUUGUCACCAAGGUAUGCUUAGGAUGAUGCAUGCGCUACUUCAACAUAUUGAUCAAAAGGGUUUUGCUCCUAAUCAGUUCACAUAUGCAUCUUUGGCUGGAGGGCUCUUGAGGAGUGGAUACGUAACACUUGCCAAGGACCUGUUGCAUAGUAGUAUGUCAAUAGAGAGUGUUACUGAUACAGCAAUCUACAACAUUUACUUGCAUGCUUUAUGUCGUGAGCAUAAAACAGAAGAAGCAUUGUGUCUUGUGAACAAUUGGAUAGGAGGAGGUUUUAUGCCAAAUAAUAUAACAUACAACACAAUUUUGAAAGGAAUUUGUGAGGAGAAAAGUAUUGGUGAUUGUCUCAAGUUCUUUAAUCAUGUCAGGUGGAGUGGGAACACUCCUAACUUUAUUUCCUACAAUAAGAUGUUGUCUGCAGCUUGCAAAGAGAGAAACACUUCCAUCAUCACAAGGCUAUUGUAUCAAAUGGAUCAUGGAGGCUUUAAUCUUAAUAGAAGUGGUGCUACUUCUUUACUACUUUACUAUUGCGAAGCGAGGAAAUAUCCAGAAUGCUUAAAGCUUUUGAAGUCCAUGAUGACUAAUGGUCCUAAUCCCACCAUAUCGACUUUCAAUUCACUCAUAAGAAGACUUUGUAAAAUGCAGGCCUUGAACAUGGCACAUCGAGUUUUCAACUAUCUCAGAAGUUUUGGGUUAUCACCUGACAGUACUACAUAUAUUAUUCUUAUACAUGCUUACAGCAAGGUAGGAAAUCAUGCGAUGGCGUCCCAAUUGUUGACAGAUAUGUUCAGUCAGAAACUGAUGCAGCUACAUGUAAGUCAUUUUCUUCUGGAUUUACAGGGAAGCUGUAAUAUUAGAUACUUGCCGUGAGACCAAAUGCAUAAAAGUGGGAUCACUCCAUAUAUUGAUAUUUAGAUGCAAUAUUGGAAGUAUUAUUCGGAUAAAUUUGAAAGAUUGUAUCAUUACGGAACGAAAUGUGCAAGGAUCAGUGUGAAGGUAACACGGUUUCUUGUAAAAUAUCGAACAAAGAAAUUCUGAAGGCUUGAAUGAAGAAUUUUCCAAGAACGGUAGAACAGUUUUUGUCUAUCUUUGGUCAGAAAUCUGGUAGAAAAUUUAAGACGGAUAACUAUAAUAUUUUUAGCUUGCCAUGUAGUUUUUACUCAAAACAGUAGUCCUCUUGCUGUACUACACUCUGCAAUCUGCAUGGAAGGAUGUUGAUCCUACUUAAGAUAUAUAUAGUUCCAGGGAUAACCUUUGAAAAUUUACAAUGAUUGUCAGAAAAGUAUAUUUUCUGGAGGGCUGAUGAUAUUUUUGUCACUUGUAUGAUGUGAUGUCGGAUUGUCAGGGCAACUUAUGCACUUCUGCCUGUAAAGAAUAAAACUUGGUUUGUGUUUGGCGAGCUAUAGCAUUGGAUUUAUUUAACACAAAUGCAUAGCUCUUCUUCAACUACAUCAAUCAGCUGCUCUUCCUCACAGAGGAAAUGACUGUCAAAACGGUUGACUUUUGAUUCCGUAAGCUGAUUUGCGGAGAUUGACCACCACGCAAGUGCAUGUGCAGUAGCAGCAGGACAUAUCUGGGUUCUACUUGCAAUUUGGUUACCUCGAGAUCAACAUCAGUUUCACUAGCAUGACAGUGCUUGCUGUAUUGCGACAAAGAACAGAUAUUCACUGUCUAUCUUGGGAGCCAUUAAUGAUGAAAAAACCUUGAAAAAUUGUUUUAGAUCUGGAGGGGUCAUGGUUACCAACUUUCUGCUACAGGACACUCUACUCGAGCUAUAGCUAUUCGAAUUGAAAAAUGAUAAAUUUACUACUAAACUUGCAGGGCCAGGGGGGUCAAGAAUGGCUUUUGCGAUACUUUUGAACUGCUCGCAUCGAACAGAUUUGGGUUGAACAACAUAUUGCCUCUAGUUGAUUGAAAUUCUUCAUACGAGUCACACCGGCCAAGGUCAGAGAUGCCCCAGGAGACGGUUGCAUGAAGCACUAAGGGUCUGUUUGGGGGUGCUGUUAAAAAUUGCUGUGGUAUCAGAAAAAGUGCUGGUCAAAUAAGUGCUGUUGUAGAAAUCAGAUAACUGUUUGGUAAUUUUUUGAUAUUUACUUAUUUUUAGUUAUAAUAUAAAAAAUAAUAAUGAUUUUGGUGAGGUUUUAUAAUGAAAUUUAUAACAGCAUUCUGCAAAAGCUGAAAAACAGCUUUUUCUAAAAGCAUGCAUGGGAGGACCUGCUUUUUCUAACAGCAGCUUUUCAGCUAAAAGCUGUUGUUCGGGAAAGCUGCUUUUAGAUUUACCAAAUAGUUUUUCACCUGUUUUUCAGCAAAAAGUUGUUGCUGCUGUCUACAACAGCAACCCCAAACAGUACCUAAAUCUCGUGCUGGAACACUGGUUGGCCUGUGUAUAUUUUGAAGCUGUAAUCAAAUAUUUGUUUGAAAGAAAAUGUUAGUAAUACUACUUUCAGUUUCAUGAAUCUUCAGGAGCUUAAUUACAUUUUGUCGGUUUGAGUUAA